AUAAAGUUAAUGUGCUUGUGGUAAAGGAAACCUAAAAAUGAAAAUCAUAACUUCUCAUAUUCAUAUCCCAUCGAACCGUUAGUUGAGUCUAUUGAGUUACUUUUAUUAGUUAUUCAUUAUUCAGCAACUAAAAUGUCAAGUGAACGGAGACGAGGACUUACAUCAGUUACAACUGAAUCAACAGUCAAUCUCAACCAAAGCUCUGACGAUGGUGAAACAGGAUCAAUUACCAGGCAACAUGGGAUGGGAAUGUUUGUGACAAUUUUAUUUAUCGCCGGUGAAAACGCUGGAGCUGGUAUUUUAGCGUUACCAAACGCUUUUGAUCAAGCUGGUUGGUGGAGUUUACCUUUGCUGGCAAUGUGUGCCUUUGAUGCAGGAAUAUCUGGUAUCCUUAUCGGUAAAUGUUGGCUUAUUCUCGAGGAAAGGUGGAGUGAAUUCCGUGGAGAUUGUCGAUAUCCUUAUCCAGCUAUUGGUAAAAUGGCCUAUGGUAAUUGGAUGAGAGGCGUUGUUACAGCUUGUCUUCAAAUCACCUUGUUUGGUGCAUCAACUGUUAUUUUGUUGCUCUGUUCUGAAUUAAUAUCCCAAUUUUUCCAAACCUAUUUUCAUUUACCAUUCGGGUUAUGGAUUUUAAUCAUUGGACUGGCUCUAUGUCCAUUCAUGUGGCUUGGAAGUCCUGGUGAAAUGUGGUUGGCUGCUGCAGCAGCUUUGGCUACUACUUCAGUUGCGGUUGUACUUAUUCUUAUCGAUGUAGUUAAAGACUAUGAAGAUCUUACCACAUCUGCGCCCGUGACGAAGCCCACUUUAACUGGCAUUUCUCUCGCUUUUGGUACUUUUAUCUUCUGUUUUGGUGGAACUGCUGCGUUUCCAACUUUCCAAAAUGACAUGAAAGAUAAAUCUAAAUUUACAAUGUCAGUUAUAAUUGGAUUCGUAGCAUUGCUUGCAUUGUAUCUACCAACUGCCAUCUUGGGAUACUUAACCUAUGGAAAAGAUGUUAAAGACAAUAUCAUUUCCACAAUACCCGAUGGCAUUAAGAAAAGUGCAGCCAUUCUUCUGCUAUCUUGGCAUCUCUUCUUCGCCUUUAUUAUUGUCAUCAAUGGAGCUGUCCAAGAAAUUGAAAAUAAACUUAAUAUACCUAAUGCUUUUGGAUGGAAACGUGUUAUAGUCCGUACAUUAAGCACAAUUGGUGUCAUCUUUAUUGGCGAGACUAUUCCUCGGUUCGGUAAAAUACUUAAUCUUAUGGGAGGUUCAUCUGUCACCAUGCUUGCUUAUAUUUUACCACCUCUAUUUUACAUGAAAUUGUGUUCAAUGAAAAACGAAUCUUGGCCUGAACGGAAAGUAUCUGUUUGGGAGAAAAUUUAUUAUUACAAAAUUAUUAUUGUUGGAGUAAUUGGUGGAAUCAUUUGUAGUUAUUCCGCUGUGUCUGAUAUCGUGAAGCCUGGUGCAAUCACAUCGCCCUGUUACAUUGACUUCAAUUGUUCAAAUGAAUGAAAAUUUUCUCAUUCAUAACACCCAACAUCCAUAAAUUUCUUCUCCAUAGACAAGAAAGUGCAUGGAUUUAAUCUAAUCAAGGAAAGGAUUACAGCUUAAAUUUAAAUCGCUAAUAACAGGCAAACCACCAGCAAAAGGUAAAUUGUACAUAAUCAAACUUGACCAUCGGGUUGUAUUGUGAUUUUAUCCUCAACACCAGUUUCCCUGACCAUUGAGCUCUUUCAUUUCAUUUGUACUUUUCAAGAGUCACAUAAAUACUUACUUGACCAAAUCAUGUUUUAACGAACUUACAAAAUUAAAUUAAAACAAAAAUUAUCACU